AUGGCCUUAAUUGAAAACGUUGAGGUAUCUGCACUUACCGAAAAAUCCAACUUCAUUACGCCAUUCCGUAUUCAUUAUCGAAAGAAUGGUGUCAAUCGUAUUUGGGAUGGUGUAAAGGCACACAAUGGUGUAUUAAUUCUACUGUACCAUAGAGAACGAAAGUGUUUUGUCUUUGUGAAACAGUUUCGACCCGUUGUUUACUAUGCUAAAUUACGUAAGCAGGAGGGUGAAAAUGCAGCAUCUGUUGCCUCUGCACCACACACUCCUAUUGGAACAGAUGGGAAACCAAUUGUCCUUCCCACUUCUUUGGGCGAGACGCUAGAACUCUGUGCUGGAAUCGUUGAUAAGGCGGACAAAAGUCUGGAGGAAAUUGCCUCUAUUGAACUUCACGAGGAAUGUGGUUAUCGUGUUGAUCCAUCAAGGCUGAGGAAAAUAACCACUGUUUCUGCUAGCGUUGGAUUGAGCGGAACGACAGCAACUGUUUUCUACGUGGAAGUAGACGACUCUGACAUUGAUCCUUCAGCAGGCGGUGGCAAUCCGGAGGAGGGUGAAGUUAUUGAGGUCGUCUAUUGGCCCAUAACGAGGUCGGAGGAACUUCUCACGCUCACAGAAACCUCUACUCCGGUCUCGAGUUAUACUGUACUUGCUGUCAUGUGGUUUCAGCUCAACAUUCUUCCCAAUCUCUAA